GGACAUCGGGGGUCGCACCCAGCUCUCACCAGUCCCCCAGAUAUCAGGGUCAUCCCGGGGGAGGCUGGAAAGAGUGGAGGGCGCCGGGGUUCAGGAUUUGGUUUCCAGUCUCCCUCUCCCUCCCUCCUGGCCGUGUCCCCAGGCCGGGAUGUUCCGAUCCGCCCCGUCCCUCCCAGCCCGGCCGCAGACGCCUCCCUCUCCUCCUGCCCACCCCUCCAUCCUCGGCCGGACCUCGGAACCUCCGCCACCGCCGGACCGAUCCCACCCUGGCCAUGAAGGGUCCCCUGCGUGGAGGAAUGUUCUCCCGGCAUGUCAAACGGCACCCCGGACUCGUUCCCCUCAUUGGCUUCAUCAGUGUGGGCCUGGGCAGCGCAGUCCUGUACCUGCUGCGGCUGGCCCUGUACAGCCCAGAUGUCAGCUGGGACCGGAAGAAUAAUCCUGAACCCUGGAAUAAGCUGAGCCCCACAGACCAGUAUAAAUUUCUGGCAGUUUCCACUGACUACAAGAACCUCAAGAAGGACCGUCCCAGCUUCUGAGCCACCUCUGGGACGUGCUGCCGUGGAGGGGGAGACCCCUGCCCCAAGAAGGCCCCUGACAGCCCCCACCCCCAGGUCCCACUGCUUCCCCAGCACCCCCAAACCGCGUGGUUGUGUCCCACCCCCCCAAAAAACCACAUCCCUGUGGGUGCCCCCGUGCCCCUCACCCUCGCCUCGUGCCUGCAUUAAACUCCUAGCACAGGAAUAAAUUAUGGGGGGGAGCAGCAAACUGGA